AUGAAGACUGCUGGUUAUUUGUUUGUUUUUAAGAUUUACCAUGCUGGCUUUGACACUGAUGUCGACAUGACCGAAGAUGUUGUUCUGGAGAACAGAGCACGCAUCAAGAUCAGGAUGGACGAGGCACAGUUCAGGGUCAUGGAUGUCGUCAAUCAGGAAGAACAUGGUCCAUCUAGAGCUCCGCUGAGGGACCUGUCGGAGUACAGGUUCCCCCAAGUUCCGCUGGACAUCAAGCAAUCAUUGGCAAAGCACAAGAAGGGACUCAACCUGAAAUCCAGGAAUCGCAUAAUUCAGUGGUUGUACCACGAUUUAUGCCAGUACACUCUGUAUCCAGACAAGCUGUAUGCAGAGGCUGCCAAGGGGCUUAUUAGAAAUUUCCCCGUCCUGGAGGACACCACAGGAACCAAAUGCGACUCUUGGCACGUUGCCUUGCGUUUCAAAGCAAAACGGGAGCGCAAGAAGCUCCGGGAUCAGGAGCGAGCUGCGGAAGAGGGCGAGGAAGAGGCACCAGCGCGACCGAAGCAGCAGAGGGUGCCGAGGACUCCUUGCCCAAAACGCGUGAUCAGGCCUGGCACGAAUGUGGUGCUCCCAGCGGAUGGAGAGGACAGAGAAAGCGUGGACGGCCAUGUGCUAGAAAUGCAAAGAGAACUCUGCAAAACCAGGCCCAACAUGGUUUAUGUGGCCGACGCCAUGGCGAGAACGUUCGCCUCACGGCGACUCUGGGUGACGACGGAGCACCCGACUGUCGCCGCUGUCCUCUCUAUGUACCCAGCGUAUCAGCUUGGUACCAUCCUGCAGCAGGAGUUCACUGCUGCUACAGGAAAAUCAAUCCAGGACAGCCUCACAGCCGCCCUGGCAAGGAGCAGCCUCCGGAUCCUGGAGGCUGCUAGAGGGAAACGCCAUCUCGGCGAAUUUUUUGAAGACCUGGACCGCAGGAUUGCCAUGGACGACGACGGUCCAUCUGAUGAAAUGUUGACCAAGGCCGCACUGUGUGCACUGCCAGCUCUGGUCAAGGAAAGGAGUGUGGCAUUCCUCCGGCCAAGUGACCCUGCAGAACUUCCAACAUAUCCAGCUGUGGGCUACGAAGGCAGCCGCAUCUAUGAUGCCACCUCACUUGUUGUGUCUGUUGAUGAGCGGCAAAUCGCAGAACCAACUCUUCUGGCUGCAGUGAGCACAAUGACUGCGCUGUAUUGGGCGUUGAAUAUGGAAUUUCCUCCAAAGGCGACCAGAACGUUUCAACUCUUGUCCCAUAUGAUAGGAGUUGACAGUGGGCUCGUGGCCAGCCCCCUUGUGCUGAUGGCAAUUGGCAUAAUCAAUGGCUAAGCUGGUGCUCAGUUUAUUUCAAGAAUACCUUCCACAUGCUUUUCCUGGGAUAUUGAAUAAAGCAACAAAAUGUGGUACAAAAAUGGGACGAGACAUCUUUCCAACUGGCAGCAAACACAUUUAUUGCUGGUCCAUCUACGACAACCAUCGCAGCGGAUACCCAAGGAGAUAGGGGAAAGGAGGGGAGGAUGAGGAGGAAGGAACAUGUUUGACCCACAGCUACCGCGGUAGCCGUGGCGACAGCCUGCUUCAGAAAGAUAGGUAAUGAUAGGCGGGGUGCGGGGGAGGGGGGAGGGGGGGGGGAAGGGAAGGGAAUGAAGGAACUGACCUCGAAGUGGGAUGAAGGGGGAGGCUUCUCUAAGCUUUCUAAGCUGUAGUUGUGGACAAACCAGCAAAGAUGUCUCGUCCCGUUUCUGUCCCAUUUUCUUGCUUUCCUCAAUAUCCCAUAACUCGACGAGCACGCUCAUUUUAUCAAGUUUAUGCUUUUAUUGUU